GCUGGGUUUAUAAACCAAUGCCAGCCCUCAACACACGAAUUUGGAGGCCACUUGGCUUUGCAGUCUGUGACGGAUGCACAUGCAGGAAGGUCCAUCAGCCUCAGCAUCCUUACUUGUAACCCUGGCGGGCACAGGAACACAAAGACAUCGCUUCAUCAUGAGGUCUUUCUUCUUACUGCUCUUCUCGCUGUUGUUGGUGUCCCACGGAUCUUCAGCCGUAAUCACAGGGGCCUGUGAAAGGGACUCCCAGUGUGGAGGAGGGAUGUGCUGUGCAGUGAGUUUGUGGAUUCGCAGCCUGCGUAUGUGUACGCCCAUGGGACAGGAAGGAGAGGACUGUCAUCCUCUGAGCCACAAGGUUCCCUUCUUUGGCAAAAGGCUUCAUCAUACCUGCCCCUGUUUGCCGAACCUGUCAUGUAUUACCAUCAUGGAAGGCAAAUCCAAAUGUCUCUCACCCUACAAGUAUCCUGACUUCUACCUCUGAGGACCUGCAUUUACACUGUAAAUAUUUUAUCUGCCUUUAAAAGCCUUUUUUAUUUGGAAUAAAGAGAUAUAUUUAACAACGCGUCACCCUAUUGGCUCAAAU